AUGCCAGCCAUGGUCAAGAUCAUUGUGGUUGCCUUGUCCGCCGGUGUCGCGUCUGCUUUCGGCACCAUCUCCGAGUUUCCGACAGAGAUUACCAGUCUCAUGGAUCACGCCGUGGAUCCAUGCACCGACUUCUAUUCGUAUUCGUGCGGGACGUGGCACAAGAACACCACCCUCCACGCCAACCAAGAUACUACCGAUGUCGCGUACACCGUGAUCGUGGCUAAGGCGUACAAGCUGGUCGAAAAGUUGUAUAACGCCAACCUGCCUAAACUCGCCGAGUUCUAUGACGCGUGUAUGGACACUGCCACUUUAGAAACCUUGGGCUUGGCUCCCAUCGAAGUUCACCUCAAGGCCAUCCGCAGCGCUAACUCGACAGUCGAAGCCAUCUUUCGCGGCGCAACCAUCUCCAAGGCCACCGGCGUACCAAUGUUCGUGAAGCUGUCAGUCUCGCCCGACGCCGUCGAAAUCACCCGCAACGUCUUGAUUCUCGACUUCAACGCGCCGUUCCUGUCAACACUGUUUGUGGAAGCACACUCGGACUUCUAUGACAAGGUGAUUAAAGGCGUCAAUGAACCCCGGUCGCGGGCCAUGAUCUGCCGCGGUCAGGUGGAGACGUCCAUCGGCGAACUACUGGGCUCGUACUAUCUCAAGGAAGUGUGGACGCGCAAGACCGCCGCGGAGGCUAACUUGCUCGUGUUCAAGCUGGAAGCGGCCUUCAAGACCAGGCUGGAAAGCGCAGAAUGGCUCGAUGACGCAACUCGGGCCAACGCAAUGGACAAGUUGUCCAAGUUCUCCCACCUCUUGGGGGGGCCUAAGAAUCCCAAGACGUACCCCACCUUGACGUUUGACCCCAAGGCAUACAUUGCCAACCUGAACAAGGUGUCUGCGUUCGACACUACUUUCAACUUAGAUCGUAUCGACACUGCCGUGGACAAGCAUCUUUGGAACAAACUUGCGGUGGUCCUGAAUGCGUUCUUCCAACAUUCGAAGAACAGAAUCUUGAUUCCCGCCACCUUCUUGCAGCCCCCGUACUUUGAUCCCAAGGCGGACCCGUCUGCGAACUAUGGUGCCAUUGGCUUUAUCAUCGGCCACGAAAUCUCCCACGGCUUCGACAACCGUGGCAGUAGAUACGACGGCGACGGCAAAACGAAACAGUGGUGGACGGAAACCACGUGGAAACAAUUCAGCGAAAAGGCCGAGUGCUUCGUCGAGCAGUAUGGGUCCAUGGACGUCAAAAGCGACGUCACGGGGGAUUUCCUCGGUAAGCUGGACGGCAAUACGACUUUGCGGGAAAACCUCGCUGACAAUGGGGGCGUCAACACUGCGUACCGGGCGUACCGGGACUACGUGCACGGUGAGGCCGAAACCACCAAGUACACCAAGGAAGCAGGCGAAAAGAUGUUUUGGAUCAAAUUCGCCCAAUCGUGGUGCACAAAGGACAGUGAUAGGUACCUCCAGUCUCGGCUCAACCACAUACACCCCCCUGGUCGCCACCGCGUGAUCGGGGCACUUCAAAACUCGGUCGAUUUUGCCAAGGUGUUCAACUGCCCUGUGGACUCGCCCAUGAACCCGACCAAGAAGUGUGUUAUGUGGUAA